AUGAGCGCACCUCAGCAAAACGAGGCGGAAAAGAACAUCGAGAUCUGGAAGGUCAAGAAACUCAUCAAACGCCUCGAGGCAGCCAGAGGCAAUGGUACCUCAAUGAUCUCGCUCAUUAUCCCACCAAAGGAUCAAGUUUCUCGCGCUGCGAAAAUGUUGGCUGAAGAAUUCGGUACUGCCUCCAACAUCAAGUCUCGAGUCAACCGUCUUUCCGUCCUUUCGGCCAUCACUUCCACCCAGCAGCGUCUGAAGCUGUAUAACAAGGUCCCCCCGAAUGGUUUGGUGGUGUAUUGCGGUGAAAUCAUAACCUCCGAGGGAAAAGAAAGAAAGAUCAACAUAGACUUUGAGCCCUUUAAGCCCAUCAACACUUCUCUCUACCUCUGCGACAACAAAUUUCACACCGAGGCCCUGAGUGAACUCCUCGAAUCUGACCAGAAAUUUGGCUUCAUUGUCAUGGACGGUAACGGUGCUCUCUUUGGGACCUUGAGCGGAAACACGAGAGAAGUCAUUCAUAAAUUUUCUGUCGAUCUUCCCAAGAAGCACGGCCGAGGUGGUCAAUCUGCCCUACGUUUUGCUCGUCUCAGAGAAGAAAAGCGUCAUAACUAUGUGCGAAAAGUGGCAGAGUUGGCUGUUCAGAAUUUCAUCACCAAUGACAAGGUCAACGUUGCCGGCCUGGUCCUUGCUGGUUCCGCAGAUUUCAAAAAUGACUUGAACCAGUCGGACAUGUUCGACGCUCGCCUUCAAGCAAAAGUCAUCAAGGUAGUUGACGUCUCUUAUGGCGGUGAAAACGGGUUCAACCAAGCCAUCGAUCUUGCUUCCGAGACCCUCGGCAACGUCAAAUUCAUUCAGGAGAAGAAACUGAUCGGUAAAUACUUCGAGGAAAUCAGCCAAGAUAGCGGUCGCGUCUGCUACGGUGUUGAAGACACCUUGAAAGCUCUGGAACUUGGUGCGGCUGAAACACUGAUUGUCUACGAAAACCUGGACGUCACUCGCUGGGUUCUGAAGGCCUCGGACGGCUCGGAGAAGGUUUUGCACACCACCAAGGCCCAAGAAGCCAAUCGCGAACAGUUCAUGGACAAAGAGACUGGUCAAGAAAUGGAGGUUGUCGACCAAGGUUCGUUCCUGGAAUGGCUUGCCGAAAAAUACAAGGAUUUUGGUGCCACUCUGGAAUUUGUUUCGGAUCGCUCCAGCGAGGGCAAUCAAUUUGUGAAGGGAUUUGGUGGUAUUGGUGCCAUUUUGCGCUACAAGGUCAACUUCGAACAGUUGAUUGACGCUGACGACGAAGACGAAUUCUAUGAUGAUUGA